AUGCCUCCGUUCUCGAAGAGCGGCCUCCAGGUACUUGCUGGCAAGUACCUGGCUGGUCCUCUUCUGAAGUGGGACGAGAUGUCCCUGUUUGACCAGUUGUUUGCCGCGGGCUCGGAGCCCGAAAUGUCUGUCCUGGCAUGGGAGCUGACCGAGCUCCUUUGCAACAUGGUCAUUGUCGUGGGGCCCGGCUCCCCCGAAGCCUUUCUCCUCCGUGUCGUCCUCGCUCCCGAGUUUGCGUGGUUCGGCUUGCACUGGGCAGGGAUGCCACACCCUGCCCAGGUGUCCACGUACCCCUCCGAGCUCCUGGGGCUCCUCCACUCCCGCCCCCUGGCCGCAUCUGCGGCCUUCCACCAAAACCUGGGGUUCGGCGACGAGUGGGAGUCCCUCGUCUGCUGUCUGUGGGCUCACCUGGAGCCCCGCAUCUCCUACCUCCCCGCCGGCCAGCUGCAGUUCGCAGCUGGCAACGAAAAUGACAUCCUUGACCGAAUGGGGGAUGUCGAGUAUCCCCCUUCGCCUGUUCGGGAGGAUCUGGAGGGUGUGCUGCCCAUGGAGGGCGUUGAUUUUGUGCCGGUCUCCGGUGUCUACAUUGACACCAUGGUCCGGGAUGUCUCCCCGGACAUGGAUGUUUGCGCAGAGUCUGGGGCCGUGUCUGCCUUCGCCCCCCCUGCUCUGACUGUGCCUUCCUCCGUCCCUCCGGUGGUGCCCUCCCUCCCCGUGGCCGCCCCCGCCACCAACAAGUACCGGCAACGGUACUAG